GCUGCAGUGCUAGCCUUCCCGGAGCAACUCUUGCGGGGAAUAUCCUUGGAUAUGAGGCUGCCUAUGUUGCAAGUCGGGUUGCGGGUCGAGACGAAGCCUCUGCAUGGCCUGGGACAGAUGGGGUGGAAGGAGCAGCUUCAUGCCAACCCACCAGUGCAGAGAUUGCUGUGGAUUAUUUCUUGAAGAAACUUGCUAAUAAGGAGAUAAGCUUACGAAACCUUAAUGUUGACAAGGAAUGGGACAACAAAACAGAGAAAGAUCUGUUGUGCUUCCCCAAAGCUCCCAAUGAAGUGGAAGACGGCCAUUUUAAGUAUGGUGAUCUGCAUGAAAAUGGACACUUGCUGAUCCCGGGUCCUUCCCUGGACGGCAGAAGGGACCUCCGGAGAUCUCAGUCCUUGGGGGAUCUGAAAAAUUCGGAGGAGCCAGAGUGCAUGAUUGAUUCUGAUCAUGUACAUCAGGAUCAUCCUGAGGAGACAGCAAGGUUAAGGCUGUCCAAACCAAAGCAGGACAGCUUGGACAUGGAGUCAGAAAGUGGUGACAUCGAAAACACAGAUCCUGGGGCAGCUUCUGAAAUCAUAGGAGACAUGGACUCCCCCUUGAUGGAUCUUGAGGUGCGGGGCAUCUUGAGCCAUCUGGACAAUCCUGUGGAUCCACACUGCAGCAUGAGUGUUAGUAGCCUCAAUCACGAUUCUGUGUUUCAGCAGCACGAGCCGUCUUUUCAGUUGGUUGUAGAUGAAGGAACAGAUAAAGAUGAAAGUAACUCCACUGAGCAGAGUAGUAGUGCCCCGUCGAAAGUGAAAAGCCUUAGAAUUCACAUUUCUCAUUCCUCUAAACUAGAAAAUCAGAGUUCAAAUGAGUAUGAAUCGGAAACUGGUAUACCAAAUUCACCCACAUUGUAUAUAAGUGGUGUUUCCAUUUGCCGUUCCCCUGAGCCGCGGUCGCCCAAAGUUCAGCACCGAGAGACACGUUCUCCAAGCUUAACGCUUCCUCUAUGCUGCACACCUGAACCUAGGUCCGUGGGGAGGCGAGGCUGGACAUUUCGCCCCUGCCGAUCUAUAGUCGUUCUCGUUCUUCGUCCCUCGUGGUUCCAAGCUCAGCCACUCUUUCCUCGAGAGUCUCAGCACGGACAACUGGCACGUGUCUACAUCUCUCCUCCUUAUCCCUCCAAGCCACCAGAGCCACAUCACCCUUUCUCCUGGGUGAGUUGCGUGUCUCAAGGUCGGCGUCAGAGCCCGAAAAGGGUCGCUUAGUGUUCCAGUUUCCUAAGUCCCCAACUGAUGGUGCCCUCAGCUCUGUCUUGCAUGUUGAAGAAUCAAACUUGAGUUCCGAUGACUUCCAUGAAGCUUUGUUUCUUGGCAAAUCGCCCAAACCCAACAAAAGAAAAAAGUCCAAGAAAGAGAGAAACAAAGAUGCCAAGGAUAGGAGUAAAAGUGAGAAAGAGAGCAAAGAAAGAAGUAAAGAUGUGAAACAGAAAGAAAAAAGUAAAGAGAAUGGGAAAGAGACCAAAGAGAGGAAGGAAUGUAAAGAUAAGAGGAAAGUGAAGGAGUUGACUUCAGCCGUAUGAUCGUUUCUUGAAGUUUGAAUUUUCACGGUUGUCCUGAAACGCUUGUAGAAUCUCUAUGGAAAUCUAAUAUUAAGGGUGGGAUUGAUGCACUUACUGUUACAAGUAUUU